CUAUGUCGUACCCAGUGCUAAUCGUCGCGAAGUUGAGCGGUCUUUUUCUCUCGGUCGGGCUCUUCGAGUGGGCUGCGGGAGAUGGGCUAGUCCAAAGCUAAAGCCGUACAAGGUCAUAAUUUUCAUGCUUGUCUUCCUGCACACGCACCUCAUUCCACUGAAGCUUGAGACGUCCUUGGCCGUGGAGAGCGCGGUGUUGUGACACGGAAAAACGUGAGCGUGGAACCAUGGACAGCCUGCCCAGAGAUCUUGCACCACAUCACCACAAACUCGCAGAAGGAUGGCCAUGCGAAAUGAUCAUCAAACCAAGGCAGGCAGUCCAGGCCCUCCAAACCGUUAAUCGGAAAAUCCUACAUUGGAUCCUAGCGGCUUAUAUGCAUGAUUGGACGCAGGAUCAGGGGCAGGAGAUGAGCUGAGCUCUUGGCCCCCACCAAGAGUGAGCAGGCCCCUUCCGGGCGUACUGCAAGCCUGCCUGGCUCAGAGGCCAGGAUAUGAAGGAAAAUGAUCUCGAUAGGACAGAAGGUACCUCGUGGUCACCUUCUGUCUCAUAAUAUCUUCUUCGCUUUGUUCACUUGAGCAAUUCAAGCGGUUGAUUUCGAGGGAGUUGCCAGUCACAAUGGCCUCACACUUGCCAUAUCUUAUGGCGUCCGCUCUUUUCCUGGCUUCACUGAUCGCGUCUGUGUCUGCCGCAACCCCCUCGAACGGCGUCGAAUUUCUGUUCCCAACUCAAGGCGCGACCCUCCACUAUAACGAUUAUGUGCAGGUGCAGUACACCUCAGAAUUCGAGGCGCCAUACCUCUAUACGUUUUGCAGAGCGGCAAGUGGCAGUGUCUCGCAAAAACAAACCCAAGGCGUGGGUGGCUUCAACAGCACUGCCCUCAUUAAAUUAUCGUGGUCCGGCUCUGACACGCCGUGCUGGUUCAACUUGAAGCCCAGCGCAGGCGCGGCCGUGGGCAAGGGCGCCAACUCUGACAAUUGGUCUUUCGACAUAUCUGAGCGCGCGGCAACCACCGUCGCUCUCAGCACGUCGGCGAGUCCCACCGCGACCCCAUCGAUAACGUCUCUGUCAAGCAUGACAACAAGGACGAACCCGGAGACAUCGACAGAGGCUUCCUCCGACGUAUCAACGGCAACAUCACCGGACGCAACCACGACAGCAGCCUCUGCAGAGUCAACGUCAAGGCCGUCUGACGAGACGGCGGAAAUAGUGUUGGAUGGCGUGGCUGCCUCAACGACUGCGGCGACGGCAGAGACAUCUUCAGCGUCAAGCGCUGGACUGUCGAUGGGGGCACAAAUUGGCACAGGGAUUGGAGUGGCCAUCGCCGGUAUACUUAUCGGAGUUGGCGCGAGCAUUUGGUACAUGCGCCGAAGACAGCAGAAGGCGAGGCAAGGCGCCUUUGCCAGAAUCGAGGCCCCUCCUUACGGUGCAGGUGACUGGAAGCCUCCUGCUUUGUAUUCGGGAGAGGUGCCACGCCAGACGCCGCAUCAGAUGCCACAGCAGACACACAUGCCAGUUAGAAUGGCUGAGCUGCGGAGCCCUCCUCCACCGGCGAGCGAGCUGCAUGCCACUGGGCCAGUAUAUUAUGAGCUGCCGUCGCAUACGACCCGGUGAGCCGGCGCAACGGCUGAUGCUUCUAAAUGCGGGCGACGCAGGGCCUGGGGCCUGGGACCACGGAGGCAGUAGAAGUUGACAUGUAUAAUAACAUUGAAGAAUUGCAAUCGAUCGGUGUGUAUUGGAGGCGUC